ACAUAAACAAGAAAAGUGAAGUGAAUCUAAAACGAGGAGCUGAGAAUAAAAGCAUGGCAUUUCUCAGGUCAGUGGCCACAACAACCACUGCCAUAGCAGCCUUUGCUCUCUCCUCUACCUCUUCCUCUCAAUCUUCUCAGUUCCCCAAAACCAAAAACCUCUCCUUUUCCUCCCCACCAACAAACCCAACCCCAACUCGGUUUGGCCUCGUCAAGAGUUUCGCUGACAAGCCCUCGGUUCUCCACAUGGACGCCCCCACAUCUGACCUCAAAGCCACCUCUCAGGGUGAUGCUGUCUUGCCAGAGCUACUGACAGAGUACAUGGUGGAUAUGAAAUGUGAGGGUUGUGUCAACGCUGUCAAGAAUAAGUUACAGGCUGUUAAUGGGAUAAAAAAUGUUGAGGUGGACUUGAGCAAUCAAGUGGUGAGGAUUCUUGGUUCAACGCCUGUGAAGACCAUGACUGAAGCUUUAGAGCAGACGGGCCGAAAAGCCCGAUUAAUUGGGCAAGGGGUUCCUGAAGAUUUUUUAAUUUCUGCUGCUGUUGCGGAAUUCAAAGGUCCAGAGAUUUUUGGCGUGGCUCGCUUGGCUCAGGUGAAUAUGGAAUUGGCUAGGAUUGAAGCCAACUUUAGUGGGUUGUCUCCUGGAAAACAUGGUUGGUCUAUUAAUGAAUUUGGAGAUCUGACAAGAGGUGGAGCAAGCACUGGAAAAGUGUUUAAUCCAGAAAAUGGAGGAAAAGCAGAAAAGCCGCUUGGCGACCUGGGAACAUUAUAUGCUGAUGAGAAAGGUGAGGCCUUCUUCUCAGGCAUCAAAGAGAAGCUGAGGAUUGCAGAUCUCAUUGGGCGAUCUAUAGUGAUACAUGGAACUGAAGAUAAAUCAGAUCCAGGCUUAACAGCUGCAGUAAUUGCUAGAAGUGCCGGGGUUGGUGAGAACUACAAAAAGAUCUGUACUUGUGAUGGAACCACCAUAUGGGAAUCAAGUGACACAGAUUUUGCAAUCAGCAAGGUUUGAAAUCACAAGUAAAACCCUACACAUACUUCAGCUAAAUAUCAUAGGCGCCUCAGACUCCUGGUGAAGAGAUUGUAGUUUUCAUAAUCUUGUGUGUUCUAAUAAUUGGAAGUUUUUGUCUGUAAGAAACAAAGACAGCAUUACAUCUACUGAAUGAUAAGAGCACAAGGCCUCUUCUUUUGUAGUCUCAGUUAUGGGCAAGCUGCUGAAAUAGGGCUAUGGCGCAUUCACAUUUGGUGAAGUACUUGGAUCUAGAUCUUGUUUACUUC